AUGGAGAAGGACGGCGGCGGAGGUGAGGGAGCAUUGCGGGAGGCACCAGGAGAGGUAGCAAGAGGAAGAGGAUGGGAGAGGCAAAGCGGGAGCGAAGCGGGAGAGCAGGUCUUCUCCACUCCGCGCCCACAGUGCAAAAUCGUCAGGAACGGAGGGAGCAAUUCUUGUGGUUUCUCGGACAAAGUGGCGGUGUUUGGUAGCGCUCUGCGGCUUCUUAUGCGGAGCGCUGGCAAACACGCCCUUAAGUCAGGAGUACUUCUGUGCUUGUCAACUAGGGGCCUCUCUAAGAGGGAAAAAAUACAACGAAACUAG